CCAAAUAUAACCUCAAAAUGAAGUCAAGCAAGCUUUCAUAAAUAAUGUUUAGUAAAUUGUCAAUAAUAUUUAAUUCGAUAUAUUUUUUAUCAUAAACACUUUGUUGUUAGUUGAUACGUGUGUUUACUACUACAUAAAGUAUUACUGUGACUGUGUUUACCAUGAGCUUUUUUCGUCCAUCAACUGUGCCAUGAAAUGAUUUUAUAAUGGCUACUUCUGAAAAUUGGUUUAAUCGGAGGAAAGGCAAAACCACCAGUGAUGUGUUUAAAUUGGACAUUAAAAACAAAACACCGGAGGAGAAUGUGAUAUCAAUAAUUGAAGGGCUGUACUUAAUGAAACCAUUGCAUCAUGAGGUUUCGCCCACAAGCAAAACUGUGCCGAAGGUCACAGUGUUCCGUGGAGCUCAGAGAAGCAGCUCAGACACCCGCAAACUGUCCUACUUGAAUGCAUUGGUGACGCUCCUGGGCAAGGAGGACAUCACCAACUUGGGAUUCACUUCUGAUGAAUUGAUGACAUGCAUAAGAAUUAGCCUAGUGGAUGAGUCUAUGGUGUUGAGAGCUGCAGCUUUAAGAGUGCUCAGAUAUUUGAUCAGAACAGAAAGUGAUGUAGCGACAUUCAAUAACCUGAGGUUGCCAUAUCUGGUCACAAGGUCAAUGGACCUCAUGCUCCGUAACGAAGAGGAGCGGGCCCAAGCACUCCGUGUGGUCCGACGCGUGGUGGCCAUGGUCGGGUGCGUGGGCCCGCGGAGGCUCCGCGCCGCGCGCGUGGACGAGGGGCUGCUGCGGUGCCUGGCCGCGGUCGCCAGGGCGGGCGCCGGCGACGGCUCGCCCGACCGGCUCGCGAGGCCCGCUAUUGCGACGCUCGCUGAGAUCUGCGUGCUAAACCCCGACCUAUUCAUCGCCUGCGGCGGUGUAACAGCAGUGUCCCGGCAGCUGGCCGAGUGCGCCACGCCGCACAUGGCCGAGGCGCUGUGCGGCGUCCUUCUGCACACGCUCAACGAGCCCGCCGCGAGGAACACCGCCAGGGUGGACCUCGCCUGCCUCAGCUUCCCGUACUGCGACUUCCACAACAGGCCCCAGGGGGACGCUAACAAGGACGAGCGCGAGAUGCGGUUCACCUGCAGCCGGCUAGCGUUGCUCUGCGUGCUGCGUAGCUGGCCCGGCCUGCUGCACUUCUGCCACCCGCGCAACACCGGCGGCCUGCGGGCCAUGGUCUCCGCGCUGUACCUGCCUAGAUUGGAAGUCAGGAAAGCUAUAUUAGAUCUGUUGUAUGAGCUCGUGGGUUUGCCUCAGCCAGAGUGGACGGACGAGAUUUCUGUGGCACUAGAUGCUGUAGAUCCCUCUGACUUCCAAGAUUCUUGGCGCCUCAACGAAGGUUUCGUGGCCGCGGAGGGCACAGCCAUCCUACCUCACCUCAGCGCGACCGGCUCCGACAUCACUGAGAUCCAUCUCGCGCUGCUGCUCCAAUGCUUUUUAGAGGCUGGUUUACUAGACGGCCUGACAGAAGUGAUAGUGACGAGCGACACAUUCAUAUCCGUCCGCGCGACCGUCCUCCUCGGUCAACUGUUGCAUUUAAUACACCUCCUCCUACCUCCCCAAGUCUGCAGCAUAACGCCAGCGCUGCCUCUGCUCAUGUCACAAGCGGCCAGCGGUCGACCGCAAGCUUUAGCGGCAGUAGCGGCGCUCAGACGCCUCCACGCCAUACACGAAGCGCGCCCGGCCAGCCAUUCCCUGUUCCUCGACCAUAUCAUACAAUACUGUAGUGGCGCCUACAGACACAAACCCGAAGAUACCUCAAAAAGCAGAAAAGAAAUAGACAACGCCAACAUGGCUAAGCCUAAAAGCUUCAUGUACAAGGAUAAUAGCAUAGAAUUCCUCAACGAAUCAGAUAACGAAGAACCCAAGCAGCGGCACAGCGUCGGCUCGCGCGCCGAUGUAGCCAACCGGAACUACGGUGUGUUAGUGAAAAGUAAAAGUGUGAGCUCCCGGACGGGUGCCGCGGUCAGCAAAGUGACUAAAUCGGCCAAGUUCUUUAAUCUGUUCGACCGUGAUAGUGACAAUCUGAUUCGGUGUACGUUGGUGAUGCAGAAUAAGGACGGCAACACGUGGAAUUGGGAGUUUAUCAGGGCUAUUUUGAAGGAGAACGACACCGCGCCGCUCCUAAACCUGUGCGACAGCGGGCACAAAGCGUGGGUGGCACGCAUCGUCAACUACCUGAAGCCUUCCUCCAACAAGUACUCCCACACGGAUUUGUCUACCACAUCCAAUGGGCACUCUACUACCCGUGCCGGCUGCCAGCUAAUCAGACACUUGCUGCGGCACAAUGACGCCGACUCUCAAAGACUGCUAGAAGAACUCUUCUGUGACGUGAGCCGGCAAGUGGAAGCCAUCGAGACCGGGCGGCGCGCCCACGAGUGCCUGUUCAGCCCGCAGCACAUGAGCAACACCAUGUGCCAGAUGUACUUCCUGUUCAUCGGACAGCUGUGCCACUCGCACACUGGCCUCGACCUGCUCAAGCAGACCAACUUGUAUGACAACCUUCUGGAACUUUCAACAAAAACCCACCACAGUUGCUACGUGAAACUAGUCAUAUCUAGCCUCGACUACACCCUCGACUCUUACCCACGGGACAUUCUGGCCAAAACCUUGACCUGCAGCAUUCAAGCUUCAAGACUGUACGCCACACAAUUCCUUACGGUCUUACUACGGGCCUCGCAAAAAUCUAAAGAAUUGGUUCGAAGAAGAUCAAAGUUGAAAAAGAACUUGGUCCAGGAGCAUUUGAAGUCGUCUCAAAGAGAGGAGUCUAGUGGGGUCGACAUGGAUACUUGGUUGCUGCAGAUGCUCAUAGCGCAGCUGAAGGAUGAGUCGAAGACGGUGGUCAAGUGCGCGGUGAUGGCGUUAGAGGAAGCCUAUAGCGUACCUGCCUUAUUAGAGAAGCUAGUGCUUCAAAAGGACGUGCUGGGCCACAACUGCCGGUUCGACAAGAGCACGGAGCCGUCAGCGCUCGACUUCUCCGUGGCCGGAGACCGCGGGUACCUGAUCUGGCUCGGGCUGGAGAUAGCGGCCGCGGCCAGCUCGCAGCAGGACCACAAGGCGAAGGCGUUCAUCAAGAAACAUGUGGAUUACUGGGUCAAGAGUUAUAAUUACAGAUACGUGCGGCUGGUGGAGGCUGCGAUCCACGACGCGCUGGCGCUGUGCCCGGGCGGCGGCGGCGCCCGGGCGCGCGCGCGGCGCACGGCGCGGCCGCCGCCGCACGCGCUGCUCGCGCUCGCCCGCGCCGAGCACCUGGCACGCGCCAUGCUGCCGCAGGCGCUGCAGCCCGCGCUAGCGGUGUUGCAACGGAAAACCUGCGUCACCGAGCAAGAGAUAAUGGACGUGAAAGCGUCUCUCUGGGCCGUCGGCAACGCCGCGCUCCACCCGCUAGGGCUCCAACAACUCCUCUCACUGACUAACCCCAGCGAAGAGUCGAUACCGGUUCGGAUCGUGGCGCUGGUGAAACAUUGCCCCGUCUACUCUGUGCGGGCCACUGCUUUCUACGUGCUGGGUCUGAUCGGGAGCACUUAUGAAGGGGCUAACUUGCUGUCGGACUUAGGUUGGCUGUGCGUGCGACAUACAAGGCACGACCAAUUCCCCAUAAUCCAGGACGAAUUUUACGCCAUCCACAACCCGACAAUCAACUUCAUCGCGUCCCCAGAACGGAGAUUCCAAGUUUUCGACGCGGAGGCCAGCGAGCACUCGGACCACACCGACCUCAGCGAGAGCCUGCACUCAGAAAUAACCAAACCGAGCAAAAUCAACGAACUGACCCAAGACAUGGUCGAUAGCAAGCUUAACAUCAAAGAACCGGACAAAAGAAAGUCGCACACCCUCCCCUCUCAAGGCGCUUCGAUUAGCCGCACGCUUAUGACUGAGUCCAGAACGGUGGACAUACUUAGGGAUUUCGACCGGCCGCAUAGGAACCCCGCGGAGAGACUGAUUGGCAGAAUGAACUCUUUGGAACAUGCUCAUGAAGGCAGGGUGAGGAAUACGAGCGAGUCGAGCACGAGUGGCGUUAGCAGCUGCGAUUCUGUGCUCGGGAAAUAUACGAUUCCUGAUCGAGUUCUGACGCUAAGUCCCAUACCAAGCUCGUCGAGCCUUUACGGAAUGAAAGGCAGUAGCGGCUCGCAUCGAACAAGGCUGUCAGAGACGCAGCGGCGGACUUCGAGUUCAAGUUUCACAGCACCAGAUGUGUCGAGCUCGCCGCCCUCUCAGUUAGACAUGAGUGGAUAUGCCACCUUAAUAUCACUCAAUAAACACAGACGACCUCACCUGUCGGAGAGUGCGGCGUCGGGCUCCAGUGAUAUGGACGAUCUGAGCUGGCUUUUGUCCGACACGCACCGGCGCAGCAAACCUUUCUCUUCGUUGAGGGACCGCGCCAAGUCAACUAGAGAGAGGAUGGCCAAGUUGAGCUUGCUGGACUACGACUGGAAGCCGCUGUGCGUGGCGGAGAGCGGGUCGGGCGGGGCGCGCGCGCCGCGGGGCGCCGCCGCGCAGGCCGCGGCCGCACCCGCCGCCGCCGCCGGCCCGCCGCCGCACUACGUCGGCAUCUGCCUGCCCCGGGACCUGCAGGCGCUGUUCCCGAGUGAAUUACAUGAUGUCGAUGUGGAUGAGAAAGAUCCUCUGAAAGUGAACAAGUCCUCGACAUUACUGACCGACGCGAGCAUCGCUAGCACUGAAAAGCCACGGUUAAGUAAAUGUCUCGAAGUGGACGUGUCGAGCUCGACCGACGUCAGCUCACGAAUAUCCAGCGCCACCGUCACCAGCAGAACGCUAACCGACAAAAACAAAGAAGCUAACCAGAAGGAAAACGAGAAGACCAUCGAACGACAAAGCAGUGUCGAACGCAGCGUCAACGAGCCCACUUCAAAUGAGAGGGAAGCAAAGGAGUCGUCAAACGAUGGGACGUGGAGGCACGCGGCCAGCGAGUGCUUGGCGUGCGUGCGGACGAGGCCGCCGUCCUCGCAUGAGCUGAGAGAGGCGUUUUUCCUUGGUUUGGAGGGUGGGUCCGGCGAUACCGCGCGUGCCGGGAGCACGGCCGCGGAAGGCCCGCGCGCCGCCGCGAGCGCGCCGCAGGCCGAGCUGCUGCACCACGUGCGCUGCAUGUCCAACCCCAUCUACCUGCGGCAGACGCGUUCCGCGGUGCUGUCGCUGAAGCAGAAGCACCCGGACGUGUUCCGCAGCGCGUGCGUGUACUCGGAUGUGUGCGGGCAGCUCGCGCGCGCCACCUACCUCAUGUGCGCGCGCCGCUUCCUGCACGAGCUCUUCCUCGACGCCACCUUCGAGUGCUUCGCCGACGAACCCAGGGCGCUGCUCGCCCGCCACAAGCCGGUCGCCACGGUGCCCGAGGCGACCGAGUAGCACAGGUGCCAGGUGCGGCUCGGAACGAUGGCGAAACAGAAAAAGUUGUGGUAUCGACCUAACAUUAACAUGUUUGGUUUGGGACGGUUGUUUAUAAUUUUUCUUACAUGGUGGCGAGGAUAAAGUAAACUAUGGGUGGAAUCUGAGGAGACUGGAGUAAUCUACCUCAUGUACGACAUGGAGGAGCCUAUUUAAGUAUGAUUUCCAAAGCGGAAGGAUAGUACGUUUGGAUGAUGUAGAUUGAUUGGAUGUUUCAACUGAAAGUGGCAUGAACCGAUGAUAUCAUUUGCAGACAGCAAGUGUAUUUUGCUUACGUAGAGAUUCUGCACCUUAUAAUAUCGACGAUCGCAGGGCAUCUUUUGAGGGCAGGACACGAUAAAUUUUCGAGGCAUUUCAGCAACCAACUUGUUGCAAAUAUCAUGUGUAUAGACUGGUAUAGAGCAAAGAAACCACUGUGAACUACAUACUGCUAAAAGAACAAAUAUAGCAUUGUUUCUGGUAACUGAUAACUAGCAGAAAGAAAUUUAUAUGUAAUCGUUAGUUGAUGCCACUUUUUAGUUAUGCACAGAAGCAAUUGGUACAACCGUGUCCUUUGGACUCGAAUGUAUCUAAGGGUGGUAUUCCACCUGCCCAAUUUCUUUGUCCAAUGUCAUUGCGUCUCACUCUCUCAUUAAGCAAAAUUGUGGGACACAAUACACAUUGGACAGAGAUAUUGGACAGAUGGAAUACCACCCUAAUGCAUGUCUUAUUAUAUGAACCGACUUUGUAAAUGAAAGACGGAAUUCGCUAAAUGUCAAGCGGGAAAAGAGUAUUUAGGCCGAGUUCAUUCGGGACGGAUGACUUAAUACGGAACCCUAAAAAAGUACGAAGUUGAAUUUACAACUUUUUGUUAAAUCGUGUUUUCACUGAACCCUAACGCUUUUGUUGCCACUUUACUUCUAGAAAUAUAAAGAGCUCUGCUCUAGUUUUGACAAAGUAAGUUUUAUGAACAGGUCAGCCAGAAAAUGUUAUCACUUGGACGAACUGACUCUGGCAGGAUUUUAAAUAUGUGUUGUGCGAGUUGUUGUUGUUGUCUAUUUAUUUAAUCGCCAUAUUUUGUGCUGUCCCCUGUGAGCACGGCCUGAUCCUCAUUAAACAUUUGCAUUUGAACUAACAAUCCGCGCCAUAUUGAUAUUACCAUGAUGACGGUAUGACUUCCUAUAUUAGUGGUAUUACGGCCGUGUAUUAUUUUUCUAUGUUUACAGAAAGAUUAUGUUAUUUAUGUUAUGAUAUUUGUAGCUGCGGAGACCGGUUUGCGAUUAAAUAUGCCUUGAAAACGACGUUCAGAAAUGCGGGAUACUUGUAUGAGCAUUUACUGACUUUGCUUACUGUCUAGAUUAGAAAGAAAGAAGAAUUUGUGGUAUAACAGCAUAAACGAAUCUUUCAAAUUCUGUAUAUGACUAAGUCUUAGCUUGAUCUAAAAUUCGUGCUAUGUAUAGUGACUUUAAAAUGUGCAUCGUCAGUAAUGCGCUUGUGUUUCGUGCCCUUUCUGUACAUCGUCACAAAUUAAUUGGUUAUCCGCAGUGAUUAAGAAUAAGUUAAGUAAGGUUGUAUGUUAUGUUAUAAACUGAAUCUAAUUACUUGUUUCAAUCAGAGCUUUCGAUUAAAUAACACCAGAUCAUCUAGCCAGUAGUUUUACAACUUGUUUCAAAGCUGAUUCCUUAGGAAGGCGCUCUUAGUUAAAUUUGAUGCAGUCUAUAAUCUGCUUUGUAAUAUACAGCCAUCUAUAUAUUAUUUAUUUGUGUGUUGUACAUUAAUAAUUAUUGAUUAUUUUUAAUAUUUAUAAAUACAUGCGAUAAAUUAAGGGUCCAUGACUCGUGUGAAAAUUCAGAAAAACAUAUUUAUAAGUGAACAUGGUAGAACUCUGGUUGUAUUUGGUCUCAACAAGCUCUUAACCUUUUGAAAGCUGCGUCAAUAAGAAAAAAAUUGCCAUUUGGACGCUACGCCAUCGCACGUUAAAUGCAAUAUUA